AACACGAACAUGGACAUCAAUAACUUCGUCGACUCGCUCUCCGAGAGUCUGCAUAUCAUAUUGCCCAACAUACUGACUCUCGUGGCUGCGCACCAAGCGAAUGAGACGAGUAUUGGCGCGCAGUUCGCGCAGCUGAACACAGUCUGGGACACCGCGGGCCGCGAUCUCGGGAACGUCGCCCCAAGCGACGGAUCGAACACAACGGCGCCGACGAACGACGACAUCUCUAUUACUUUUGCAAGCACUCUCUCG